GUCAUAAAACAACAACAACAACAAAAAAAAAUAUAUAUAUAUAUAUAUACAAUUUUAUAAACAAGAAUAUGUCGGAAAACAGUCUCCAAGAUCUUGAUAUGGUCACCUGCACCGCACCGGUAAACAUUGCGGUCAUCAAAUACUGGGGGAAACGUGAUGAAGAUCUCAUUCUGCCUGUCAAUGCAUCCCUCAGUGUGACGCUGCAUCAGGAUCACCUCAAAACAACUACAACAAUUGCAUGCAGCAGAAGUUUUCAUAAAGACUGCAUUUGGCUGAAUGGCAAAGAACAGGAUAUCAGCCACCCUAGGUUGCAGUCAUGUUUGCAGGAAAUCCGAAGGUUGGCUUACAGAAGACAAAAUACUGGAGAUCCCGCUUCUGAUGUCAAUAGUGUGUACAAUAAGGUCCAUAUCUGUUCUGUGAAUAAUUUCCCCACUGCUGCAGGCCUGGCAUCAUCUGCAGCAGGCUAUGCCUGUCUAGUCUACACACUGUCCCAGUUGUUUAAUGUGGAGGGUGAGCUGUCUGGAGUGGCGCGGCAGGGCUCUGGCAGUGCCUGCAGGAGUUUGUAUGGUGGCUUCGUUCAGUGGAAGUUGGGGGAGCAAUCAGAUGGAAAAGACAGUAUCGCUGAACAAGUGGCAUCUGAGUUGUACUGGCCAGAGCUCAGAGUAUUGAUUCUUGUGGUCAGUGCUGAGCAGAAAUCUGUUGGCAGCACAUCUGGAAUGCACACAAGUGUAGAGACGAGCCAACUUCUCAAGUACAGAGCAGAUGCCGUGGUCCCUGGUCGUAUGGAGAAGAUGAUCAGGGCUAUUCUCCUACGAGACUUUACAACAUUUGGUGAGCUGACCAUGAAAGACAGUAAUCAGUUUCAUGCCAUCUGCCUGGACACCUACCCACCCAUAUUCUACCUAAACAACAUAUCGCACCAGAUCAUCAGUCUUGUGCACCGCUACAACCAGUACUAUGGCGAAACCAGGGUGGCAUAUACCUUUGAUGCUGGUCCUAAUGCAGUUAUUUACUCCUUGCACGACCACUUACCAGAGUUUGUAGAGGUGGUCCGUCAUUUCUUUCCCCCUGAGGUCGACAAAGAAGAAUUUUUCAAAGGUCUUCCAGUGUGCCCAGUUGACCUCUCUGAGGAGAUGAUAAGAGACAUUAAUAUGAAACCAACCCCCAAUGGAAUACGCUAUAUAAUCAGCACUAAAGCUGGCCCUGGACCAUGUGUGGUGGAAGAUCCAAAACUUCAUUUGCUGGGUGCUGAUGGCCUGCCCAAGAAGAGUGCAGUUUAAGAAUAACCUUUGUAUACUUGUAAGAUAAUUUGUAAAUAUAUUUCAAUUAAAGAAAUUGCAAUGAGUAAAUUUA